ACUACUAGUCAUGCCUCCAAGAUUUAGAACCUUCCUCUUAAUUAUCUCUAUCUUCUCCCUUCUUUCAUUUUCCACAAUCUUAGCAUCCACCAUCAAUAAUGUUCAUCCAAAGAAAUUUUACAUUGUUUACUUGGGAAACCAGCCGCUACAUGAUGAAGCUUCUGCAAAUCAAGCACAUAUUAAUGUACUAUCUAAUCUUAAAGGAAGUGAAGCAGAAGCUAAGGAAUCAAUAGUUCACAGUUAUCAUAGAAGCUUCAAUGCAUUUGCUGCAAAAUUAUCUGAAAAUGAAGCAAAAACGUUAUCAGGUAAGGAUGAAGUACUUUGGAUAUUUGAAAACAAAUAUCAUAAACUGCACACAACAAGGUCAUGGGAUUUCAUUAGGUUUCCUCAAUCAGCUAAGAGGAGAUUAAAGAUUGAGAGCAAUAUCAUCGUUGGUCUCUUUGAUACAGGGAUAACUCCAGAAUCUGAGAGCUUUAAGGAUGAUGGGCUUGGUCCACCACCUGCAAAGUGGAAAGGAGCAUGUCCUCGCUAUGCUAAUUUCUCUGGAUGCAACAACAAAAUCAUAGGUGCACGUUACUUCAAAUUAGACAAAGUCCCCGACCCAGCAGACAUCCUCUCCCCGGUUGACGUCGAAGGUCACGGCACCCACACAUCUUCAACUCUCGCCGGAACCCUAAUUUCCAACGCCAGUCUUUCAGGCCUUGCCGCUGGAACUGCUCGUGGAGCCGUUCCAGCGGCUCGAUUAGCGAUCUACAAAGUAUGUUGGGCCUCUGCUGGAUGCUCUGAUAUGGACAUCCUUGCUGCCUUUGAUCACGCCAUUGCUGAUGGUGUUGACAUAAUUAGUAUCUCCAUUGGUGGUCCUUCUAGAAGCUAUGUUUCAGAUUCUAUUUCGAUCGGGUCUUUUCAUGGGUUGAGGAAAGGGAUUCUUACUGUCGGGUCGGCCGGUAAUGAUGGACCUAGUUUAGAGACGGUUUCUAAUCACGCGCCUUGGAUGAUGAGUGUUGCUGCUAGUGGGAUUGAUCGUGGGUUUCAGAGUCAAAUUUCUCUUGGUAAUGGCAAAUCUAUUUCGGGCAUUGGGAUAGAUUUGUUUGAUAGUGAGAGCAAAUCAUACACUCUUGUUACUGGCGAAGAUGUGGCAAAGGAUUCGGAAAGCAGGGAAAAUGCAAGAUACUGUCUAGAAGAUUCCAUGAGUCCUACCAAGGUGAAAGGGAAGCUUGUUUUGUGCAAGCUAGAGAGCUGGGGUGUUGAUUCAGUUGUGAAAGAAAAUGGGGGUGUUGGUGCUAUUGUUGCUAGCACUAGAUUUUUGGACGUUCCUAUGAUUUUCAUGGCUCCCGGAACUUUAAUUAAUUAUACUAUUGGCGAAAAAGUCUAUGAAUAUAUCAAUAAAUCAAGUUUACCUACAGCAACAAUACACAAAUCUCAGGAAGUAAGAAUUUCAGCUCCUUUUAUUGGAUCAUUUUCUUCUCGAGGUCCAAAUCCUGGAUCAGUACGAAUCCUCAAGCCAGAUAUUGCUGCUCCUGGAAUUGAUAUUUUAGCGUCUUAUACCCCCCUGAGGUCAUUAACUGGUUUAAAAGGUGACAAGCAACAUUCAAAGUUCUCGCUCAUGUCUGGUACAUCAAUGGCUUGUCCGCAUGUUGCUGGGGUUGCUGCCUAUGUCAAGUCGUUUCAUCCAAAUUGGUCACCUGCUGCCAUUAGGUCCGCCAUCAUCACUACCGCACUGCCAAUGAGCUCAAGGGUUGAUAAAGAUGCUGAAUUUGCUUAUGGUGCGGGUCAAGUGAAUCCACUCAAAGCAAGGAGUCCUGGCCUAGUUUAUGACAUGGACGAAAUGGCGUACAUUCAGUUUCUGUGUAAAGAAGGAUACAGCGGCACUUCAAUAUCGGUUCUUGUUGGUUCAAAAUCGAUCAAUUGCUCGGCCUUGCUUCCUGCAUUCGGUCAUGAUUCUCUCAACUAUCCUACGAUGCAGCUGAACGUGAAGAACAAGCAAGAGCCGACAUUGGCAGUCUUUCGAAGAAGAGUUACCAAUGUAGGACCCUCAAAAUCAGUGUACAAUGCCAUUAUUAGAGCCCCAAAAGGUGUGAAUAUCACUGUUAAGCCUACAAGUCUUUCAUUUUCUCACGCCUUAGAAGUGCGGAGUUUUAAGGUUGUGGUGAGGGCAAAUCCCAUAUCAGGUUCAAAACUUUUAUCAGGUUCUCUCAUAUGGAAAAGCACUCGCCAUGCUAUCAAAAGUCCUAUUGUUAUUUAUAAAUUUUAGAAUUACAUAUAUUCAGGAAUCAGUAUACACUGUUUUUAGCAAAUAGGUUGUAUGUUUAUAGGCAUGUAAAUAUGUAACAGACAACUCUGAGUGCAAUAAAGUAUGUUGAUUGGAUAAUUUUCCUCAUUAUUC